GACGUUCACUAGAGAGUUGUUCUGCUAUAGUAUAAGAUAACGAAUUCACAUUUUGUACUACAAUCACGAAGUUGCGUCUUCACCAUGGCCCAUGCAAAUAGUAAAUCACCAGCUGCCAAAGAGAGAACAACCUCCCAGGUAAACAUCCUAUCCAGUGCAGAGGACAUCGAUGGGGACCUGACUCAUAGAGCCCUUGUCACUCUUGGCUCACCAAGCCUUAAUUUGGACCUCAGGGCUGAGAUUCUGAAGGCUGUGCGGGAUGCUGCCACAGCUCAACAUAAUGCUUUGAUGGUCAACAUUGAGGGCAUGAGGACAGAGUUCAUGAAGACCAUGAAGAGCAGACAGGAGGAAAGAGAUAUUAAGCUGUCUCUCCUGCUGGAGGGUAGGCAGACCAGAGUCACAGAGAUGGAGAAAUGGAAGAAGGCAAAGAAGGACAUCUCCAUCACUGAGGACAAUGGAGGAAGUGCUGCUGCAGUGCUCAAGAACGCCAUUGUUCAAUUACCCAGGAUGAUACAUACCCUGGAUCAUUUCAGAAUGGCAGAGCUCGAGCAGCAAAAUCAGAGAGAGGAAGAGGAGGACUGCGUGGAGCUUGAAGCUUGGAGGAAGCAACAUGCCCACCUGGCCACCACGUUUAAGCAGCAGAGCGCAGACACAUUGGCCAGAGUCUCUCAGCUCUGGAAGGAAGCAACAGAUGAAAAAAAUGGAAUGCACAAGAAAAAUAGUGACAUUGUUGACAUACUUGUGCAAGAGGCUCCCCAGGAGAAGACCACCCUAGCUCCUGCCAUUUCAACUGAGAAUGCUGUGACACUGGCUCUGCCAUCAAAACUCCCUCCUCUGCCAUCCAAGCUACCUCCUCUGGCAUCCAAGGUAGCCCAUUUGCCAGCAAGGCUCCCCCCUCUGAACCCAGGCCUUCGCAGAGCAUUCUGCAACCCAGUUGCCCCUCUGCCUCCCAUCCAUUCAUUCAAAUAUGAAAAAGAGGAGCUAGAGGUCGUAAGUAUUUCAGAGCAUUCCACAAAGAGUGCUGUGUCCGAGCACGUGACUCUGGAUGCUGAUCAAAGUUCAGAGGCUACCAGCACAUGGUCCUCUGAGACUGAGUCCCUAGCAGCAGGUGACAGCGUGGUAGAGCAGGAGAAGAAAAAGACUAGAAGCAUUAAAGAGAGGUUUUUCCAUUUCCUCCGAAAGUUGAACUGCUGCAAAGCCCAAGAGGACUAGACAGACCCAUCGACCCACUUUAAUCAUUUCUUA